CGCUAACCUGAGGUAUCGGUGAUCAUAUGUCCGUGCCUCACCUUUGUGCCCGACCUCUUCUAGACCUCAAUUCUCCAGAUUGCUGAAUAUCUUUCGGAACCUCACCCGCCCCUGGGCCACACACAUUGGCAGCUGCAUGCCUGGCUACUCUGUGUAGACGAAAAAGAUUGAAUAUCUAACAGCGCCAACGUAACAACGGCCUCUUGUCCACAGCGGGAGGUCGUUUGAAUACUUAGCCAAGUCAGCGACAGUUCAGAAAUUUCCCUCCCCGCAAUUUGUUCCCCCACUCCUCCUUCUUUUCGUCUCGGCGGUGCGGUACUCGAUCAAUUCCAUCAUCUUCAGCCAAUUCAUCGUUGCUUCUCGAAUGCCCCGCGCCAUUCAAUCCAGCUACGUCAGUACCAUGAGAUCUUCCGCAGAUCCCACUUCGCCGUUGACACCAGAUGGUUCCGAUCAUGCUAGUUUGUUCCCCGCGUAUGGAGAAUUCGUCGACUGCGAAGCUUUGAGAGCUCAGACUCUCAAUGCUGAUGGAACGCCCAAGCGACCAAUGAAUGCGUUCAUGAUCUUUGCCCGUCUGAGGCGCCCACAAAUCUCUGCCGAAGAUCAUAGUCUCCGCACUGGGGACAUCAGCAAGAUUUUGAGUAAAGAAUGGGCCACAAUGUCCUUUAGCGACAAGGAAUGGUACCAAGACCAGGCUAAAAAGCUGAAGGUGGAGUUCAAGAAAAAGUAUCCUCAUUAUGUCUACCGUCGCAAGUCCACUCGUAGACGGCAGCAACUUCCUUCUGACUCAGCUGUUGGUCGCAUUGACGAUAGCGCUGCGUGGCAAUCUGGAUGGUUAGAAAGUCAAGAGAGCGACCUGGAAGAUUCAUGGUCGGGACGUUCUGUUAUGGAGGAUCCGGCACUGGAUGCGAUAAUGAGUGCACGGGCCAGCCAGCUCCUGCAUGAAGAUACUUACAGGAUGCGUAGAGAGGUGUCCUAUUCCAAGUUGUAUGGGACGAACGAUGUUCUUCGUCGUCUAUCACAGUUUCCUCCCGCUCAUGUUCCAUCGUACCACGUCCCUAGCUUCUUAGAUACCUCGUUUUGCGCGGGUCCAUCGAACUCGCCCUACAGGACGCCUAUGACCCAUUCCUUUACCUGAUACUCCCAGGCAUGGCAUAUCAACCAUUCCCUACGCUCUGUUACGACUAUGAUACAUGUAAUCUUCCUCACGAACAUCUUUUGAAUAUUGCUAUACUUCUGCACUACUGUAGCACCGUUUGUACUUCUGUAACA